AGCCGAUCCGGCCGUGCCUCUCUCAGGCACCGAAUUGGAAAUGCCAGCAGCCCGCGCUGGGCCGCUGUUGGUAGCAAAACCCCCCUGUCUUUUCGGGGCCUGGAAGUCAUCGCCCAGUGCCGCUGACGUGGGGCUGUUGAGAUGCCGGCCGCCAGCGGUGUAGGGCUCCACAGCUGCACCCAGAUCUGGGGUUUCAUCUGACUCUUGGUUGCUGCCAGCUUCUCUUUGUUUUCCUCUCCUGCGAAAAGGUAUAAACAAGCCAAUGCCUGCUGUUCUGUGACAGAAGAGAUUUUGCAUCAAAUACCCUACUUCUUCUGACGUUUGGCUCGUUCUUUCCACGCCGACGCCCUCACGGUUUACUGUGUCAACGCCCACCAACUUAGCUGGGGCGAUUCUGCCACUUCCGUCAUUCUGCCUUUUCGAGUACACACACCAGGGCCAAGAUAUGUCUCCAAGCGCCAAAGAGAACGGCUCGAAUGGAGUGUCCGCAAACGGCCAUGAUGCUGUUCCAGACGUGGCCGAAGUACAACUUCCCCAAGUCGAGGGCGAGUGGACAGUAGGCAAAGUUCUCGAUGCGCUUCCAGGCGACAAACCUACCGAGGGUACAACCUCACCGCUAGCCUUCUUCCACAUUCUCGAGAAGCUGAAGACGAACAAGCGCGAGGGGUGGCGGCGAUUUGGAAUCAACAGGGGCGAAUCCAUCUCCGACCACAUGUACCGCAUGUCCCUGAUCAGCAUGCUUGCCCCCCCAGCGCUGGCUAGCAAACUUGACAUGGCGAAGUGCAUGAAGAUGUGCCUGAUUCACGACAUGGCCGAGUCGAUUGUUGGCGACAUCACACCCGUGGACGGAGUUCCGAAGCAGGAGAAGAGCCGCCGGGAGGCCACAACUAUGGACUACAUCACCAAGGGCUUGCUGGGCAACGUGGACGGCGGGAAGGUGGGCGAGGAGAUUCGCGCUAUCUGGCAGGAAUACGAAGACUCCAAGACACUAGAGAGCCACUAUGUGCACGACAUCGACAAGAUGGAGCUUCUUUUGCAGAUGGUAGAGUACGAGAAGCGCGGUGACCACAAGCUAGACCUGGGUGAAUUUGCCUAUGUUAAGACUAGGAUCGUACUGCCCGAGAUUCAGGCCUGGGCGGACGAUCUCUUGAAGGAGUGGAAUGCGUACUGGGUUGGACAUGAGCACGUUAGGGGCGACAAAGCCGUCGAAUCUUCCGGCGUCUCUGCUCAGAAGAAGGCUAUGCAGGACGACUACUACAACAAGGAGUAG